UUUUGGCCCAAGCCCAACCACCCAACUAAACCUAGCCCACCACGCUACUAUCGUAUCCCGUACUCACGAGUCUCUCGAGGGAGUAACGACGGUGGUCCUCCUACUCCGGCCGCCGGCCUCUCCUCCUCGAUGGAACAAGAUUCGGCUGCCGUCGGACGCAAGCGGCGCCGUAGAGGAGGAGCCGCAAACCGACGGAAGACUUCCUCUUCCUCCCAGGAGGCUUGUCCGGCCGCCCCUCAGGCUGCUGCUCCAUCCUCGGAGAAGCGGCGGCGCAAGGCUGGCGAGGUCGCUGCCGCACCCAAGGCCAAGGGGCGCAAGACUACGAGCCUGCUCGACAAGAUGCGUGCAAGGUUAUCUGGAGGUCAUUUCAGAAUGUUAAAUGAGAAAUUGUACACUUGCAGUGGAGAAGAUGCAUUUGAAUACUUUAAAAAUGAGCCCGAGCUUUUUGACGUGUAUCAUGCAGGAUAUCAAGAGCAGAUGUCACGUUGGCCAGAGCAGCCAGUAAAUGUAAUAAUCAAUUGGUUGAAGAGUCAUAAUAAAUCGUGGACAGUUGCUGAUUUUGGCUGUGGCAGUGCAGCAGUUGCUAAAAACGUGAAGAACAAGGUCUUUUCCAUCGAUCUUGUUUCAGACGACCCUUCAGUGAUCGCUUGUGAUAUGGCCCAUACCCCAUUGGAGCCAUCAUCAGUAGAUGUGGCAAUAUUCUGUCUUUCUUUGAUGGGGACCAACUUUCCCAGUUACUUACAGGAAGCGAACAGAGUCCUCAAGCCAAGUGGUUGGCUUCUUAUCGCUGAAGUGCGGAGUAGGCUAGACCCGAACACUGGAGGUGCUGAUCCUGAUAAGUUUUCUGAAGCCAUCAGCCAACUUGGCUUUUCACUUGUUUCAAAGGCAUACUUUAUGUCAACCGCGAAGAGUGCUCUCUGCUUUCUAAUUGCUAUUCGGCUCCUUUCUGCAGGAUGCGAACAACAAAAUGUUUGUCCUGUUUUAUUUCAGGAAAAAGGAAAAGAGCAAGGCGGUGGACAACAUUGAUUGGCCCCAGUUGAAACCUUGCUUAUACAAGCGGCGAUGAUUUCAUAUUCACCGAUAGCUAUAGUUGCACUAGACUUCUUCCAAGGCCUGGCUAAAUUAACUCAUCUGGUGUGUACUAAAUCGGCUUUCUGUAUGUCAGGCUUUUCUGCUCCUAUUUUUUUUACCUUCUCCGCAGCUGUAUGUUCCAUAAAUUUGUCAGACCUCACCUAACAAGACCUAGUGGCUCUCGCUAAGUGCUGAUUACAGGCAGUUUAAAAGUUUAUAUAAUUCUCAAUAUGCGCCAUAUUUUCA